UCUCGACCCUCGGAAAGAGGUGUCCCCCUACAAAUCUACACUCUCGCUCGUCGCGGAAAAUAAUAUCCAAACGAAAACCCGAAUCGUUGCGAACCUAAGUUUUUCAUUUCCGUGAAUUGAAUUCCCUCCCCAAUCCAGGAUGGAUUCCCCGAAAAGAAUAUUAAAUCGAAAGAUUCUCGCUAAUAGACACACAAACGAGGAGAGCUCCCAGUGCCAACGAAGAAUGAACAUCGAAGAGUUCCGAGUGCGAGGGAAGGAGAUGGUGGAGUACAUCUGCGAGUACUUGCGAACUCUGGAGAGUAAACGAGUAACGGCAUACGUGGAGCCAGGAUAUCUGCGGCCUCAGCUUCCAAAGGAAGCCCCCGUGAAGCCAGAGUCCUGGGACGCCAUAAUGCGCGACGUGGAGUGCAAAAUCAUGCCAGGAAUUACGCACUGGCAGCAUCCCCGCUUCCACGCGUACUUCCCAUCAGGGAACUCGUUCCCAUCGAUCCUAGCCGACAUGCUAUCGGAUGCAAUCGGCUGUAUAGGCUUCUCAUGGGCAGCAAGUCCAGCGUGCACGGAGUUGGAGACGAUCGUCCUGGACUGGUUCGGAAAAGCGAUAGAUUUGCCACAAGACUUCCUGGCGGAGCAAAAAACAUCCAAGGGCGGAGGAGUGAUCCAAGGAUCAGCCUCCGAGUGCAUCCUGGUGUGCAUGUUGGCGGCAAGAUCCCAAGCGAUCAAGAUGCUGCAGCAGCAGGACCCCAGGACGGAGGAUUCGGCAUUUCUCCCAAGACUGGUAGCCUACUGCUCGACCGAGUCCCACUCCUGCGUGGAAAAGGCGGCGAUGAUAAGUUUCGUGAAAUUGCGAGUCCUGGAGCCGGACGAGAAGUGUUCCUUGCGAGGGAAGACCCUGGAUGAAGCGAUAGCCGAAGACGUUGCAAACGGCCUGGUGCCUUUCUUCGUCUCCACGACUCUAGGGACAACCGGCUGCUGCUCCUUCGACGACCUGACGGAGAUAGGUCCCGUGUGCAAGAAGUAUCCUUCGAUCUGGCUUCACGUGGACGGAGCGUACGCAGGGAACGCGUUCAUAUGUCCGGAACUGCGUCCUCUGAUGUCCGGGAUCCAGUACGCGGACUCGUUCAACACGAAUCCGAACAAAUGGCUGCUGGUGAGCUUCGAUUGCUCCUGCCUAUGGGUCAGAGACAGGGUGAAGCUGACCUCGGCCUUGGUGGUGGAUCCGUUGUACCUCCAGCACGCCAACUCCGACGAGUCCAUCGACUAUCGCCACUGGGGCAUCCCCUUGUCCAGGAGAUUCCGUGCUCUGAAGCUGUGGUUCGUCCUGAGGUCCUACGGCAUCACGGGCCUGCAGAAGUACAUAAGGAAUCACAUAAGACUGGCCAAGAGAUUCGAGACGAUGAUAAAGAGGAACAAGCGAUUCGAGGUCGUCAACGACGUGAGGAUGGGCCUGGUCUGCUUCAGGCUGAAGGAGUCGGACGAGAUCAACCAGGAGCUCCUGGCGAACAUCAACGCCUCGGGAAAGCUGCACAUGAUACCCUCCAGAGUGAAGGGGAAGUACAUCCUGCGCUUCUGCGUGGUCAAGGAAGACGCCACCGAGGUGGACAUCGAGUUCGCCGUGGACGUCAUAGAGGAACACGCCGCGGAGGUCUUGCUUGCCCAUUACGAAGGCGCGGAGUCUGCGGAGUAUAUAAGGAAGAGCCCGAAGAGUCCCGUGCCGAUGGACAAGAAGCUGGUCAGGAAGUUCAGCUUCACCAGGAGCGUCUCCAAGGACGUCUACAGGAGGUCGUUGUCCAAGUCCAGUCUUCACGAUGGGGCCACUCCCAUCAUGGUGGUCGACGACCACGCGCAGGUGGAGACCAUUGAGGAGGACAUGUUCUGUAAUGGUCGGUAGACCGCGUCGAAGCUCACGGUGUCGAAAGAGAGUGAUCAAUUAUUCUCGUUACCGUGAGCCAUGCGACCUGGUGAUCGUCCGCGGGAAUACUUGAUAUGAUGACCCUCCACGUGUCCGUUAGAGGUCCCAGAUGAUACCCAUGGAGGUUUGGUGGCCCGAUGUCUCGAAUGGACCCCGAAGAUAAGUUGCGAUACCCUCGUCGACUCGGAAGAAUUCCUGCGAUUCCUCGUGAACGUUCAUCUAUCAUCGGUCCCAGAAGAUGGUUAUGGAACUUUGAUGGCCUCGGAUCCUGACGUAGCGCCGGAGACGAUCAUCCCCAGGUCGCAAAUUUCAGCUCAGCUGGUCAGAAUACCGUUGUUGGACCCUCUAUAUAUUCUUCGGAAACACCAGAGGAUGCCUACGAAACUCUGGUGGCCGUUAACCCUAACGUAGUUCCAGGGAAUGCCUAUCGAACUCUCCUGGCUCUAGAAGGUUCCACUCCUGAUAUAUUGGGUUGAUGCACAAGUAAUGGUGUUUUUUUUCAUCCAAUUUAUGAGGAUAAACCACUCAUUACUUACGCAUCAACGUUAUAAUCCGGAAACGUUUCUCGAUAAGUCGCGGUCAUUUUCGAGCCGCCUUAAGGAUGAUAUGAAAGUGGCGGCACGCGUUUAUAAUACUUUUCUCUGAAUUGGGUGUAUCGAAUCGUUUCAAAGU